AUGGUCUUCACACCGCCAUCAUAUGUCCCCCAAUUGCCAGAUAUUCCGGAUUCCAUCACCAUUGAAGAGUUCCUACGUGAUGAGAAGCACGGCAGGCUCCUCCCGCUGGCCAAGUCCAGAAACCCGUACACAUGUGGCCUCACGGGCAAGACCUACACCGCCGUCCAGGUAGCUGAGCGGACAGACCUGCUGGCGCGCGCGAUUGGCAAGCGAUUGGGCUUCAACCUUCACGAGGAAACCGAGUGGGAGAGAGUUGUCGCGAUAUACUCAGUCAACGCGAUCGACUAUCUUCCCUUUACCCACGCCAUCCACCGCCUGUCCGGCAUCGUCACGCCAGCCAGCGCCGCCUACUCUGCGCAAGAGCUCGAGCACCAGCUCCGUACAUCGGGAGCCAAGGCCGUAUUCACCUGCACCCCCCUGCUUGACAAUGCGCUCAAGGCCGCCGACGCCGUGGGAAUCCCCCGAGACCGCAUCUUCAUAGUGCCCGUUUCGGGCUUCGACAAUCCCGCGCCAUAUGUGACCAUUGACGAUUUGGUUGCUGAAGGCAGCAAGCUGCCGCCGCUGAAGCCUCUUCAUUGGAUCAAGGGGCAGGGCGCAAGACAGACAGCCUAUCUUUGCUAUUCCAGCGGCACUUCUGGCAUGCCGAAAGCCGUCAUGAUUUCCCACGCCAACGUAAUUGCCAACGUCCUCCAGGUCUUCCACUUUGAGAGCAUCCCCCGCAAACAAAUCAGCGUCGAGACGCAGAAUUACCUUGGAGUGUUGCCGUUUUCACACAUAUACGCGCUUGUUCUCGUCUGUACCCUCGGCCAGUUCCGCGGCGAUCAAGCCAUUGUGCUGCCAAAGUACAACUUUGACGAUCUACUCGGCGCCACCCAGCGCUUUGGCAUUGAGCAGCUGUUCGUCGUCCCGCCGAUGCUCAUCCACGUCAUCAGUAACCCUGACAAGGUCGCCAAGUACAAUCUCAGCAGCGUGCGCUUCGUCUACUGCGGCGCAGCUCCGCUAGGUCCCGAAGUUGUCGACUCGUUGCUCAAGAUGUUCCCGAAAUGGCGUAUUGGCCAAGGCUAUGGCAUGACGGAAUGUUCGCCCACCGUCUGCACGACAAGCGAGCUGGACGUGCUUUCAGGUUCAUCUGGCUCUCUGCUACCAGGGAAGCGGGCCAAGCUCAUCGAUCUCGAGGGCAAAGAAGUCACCACUUACGACACUCCGGGAGAGCUGUUGGUUCAAUCGCCGGCCGUCGUCCUGGGAUACUUGAACAAUGAAAAGGCCAAUGCCGAGACAUUUCUCCAUCACGAAGAUGGCCGCUGGCUGCGAACAGGGGACGAAGUCAUCAUACGAAAGUCGGCACAGGGCCACGAGCACAUUAUUGUCGUCGAUCGCAUCAAGGAGCUGAUCAAGACCAAGGGCCAUCAAGUUGCUCCAGCAGAACUAGAAGCCCACCUCCUCAGCCAUCCCUAUGUCUCCGACUGCGCCGUCAUCCCCGUCCAUGACACUUACGCCGGCGAGGUGCCCAAAGCCUACGUCGUCAAAUCCGACACCGAAUGCAGUGGCAAAUCCGACAAGGACAUUGAGGCCGCCGUCCAAAAGCACGUCAAGGAGCACAAGGCCAAGCACAAGUGGCUCGCUGGCGGCAUCGAGUUCAUUGACGCCAUUCCCAAGAGCCCCAGCGGCAAGAUUCUACGGCGCCUGCUGCGAGACAAGGAGAAGAAGGCAAGGCAGGCCAAUGGAGCGAAACUAUGA